AUGAAUAUCACAAAACUUAAUGAUUGUGAAAUUUUUGACACGUGGUCGUUUCAACCAGGGAAUUUGCAUAAUUUCCGAUCCGGUGUUGGUCUUUUUGAUCAGUGCAAUGAUUUUGAACAUGAAGAUAUUUUUGGGAAAUACUGCAAUGCUAUUUUCUUAACUCAAAACAUUAAGAAUAAUAAUACUGAACAUAAAACUAUUGGAGAUAUUGAUUUACGUGAAAUUCUCUUCAAAUUUUUCAAUAGUGAUGAUAAGGCGCCAGGAAAAACUUAUAAAAUGGGAAUUUGUGUUCCAAAAUCUUGCUCGUCAAAGGAUUUGUACGAACUUUCUAAGCAAUAUGAUGUCAACAAAAUAGCAACGAUUAAGAGUUUUGAAUGUAUCGAACCUCCUUCAAUGAACUCAUUUGAUGGUUUCGCGUUAUCUGUUCUCCUUCUGAUUAUUUUCUUAAAUGUAGGAAGUACGCUUUGUCAAAUAUUAUUUGAAAAACUUGGAAAACCCUCAAAGUUAUUAUCAAUAUUUUCAAUCAAAACAAACUUUGAACGUCUGAUGAGGAGAAAUGAAUCUAAUUCUGCUAUUGGUUGUAUUGAUGCGCUGAAAGCAUUAUCUGCAUUUUGGAUAAUGUUUGGCCAUCGCUCACAACGUUUUGCUUAUUCCUACGAAGAGAACUCUCAGUGGUGGAGUUAUUUAUUGGAAAAGCUCAUAGGUCGAUAUCAAAAGGGUGUGAUAACAUUCUUUGCCUGCUCUGCAAUAUUGGUAACGAUUUCUCUCUUGAGAGAUUUAAAUUCUAGCAAUUUGCCUCAAUUUCUUGUAUCAGGUCCAGAGAUUGGUGGAUUAAUUUAUAGGACAAAUCUAUGCCGCAAAGGAUGGUUGCCUUAUCUUACUCUUACUCAAAAUUAUUGUAAAGCUUUACAGUACUGCCUUUCCUACACGUGGUACCUAUCUACAGAUUUUCAGCUUUUUUAUUCAACACCACUGAUUGUUUAUUGCAUUUGGAAACUGAAAGCAAAAGCUUUCGUUGUCUUUCCAAUGUUAAUCGUGUUGCUACAAGUAUUCAAAUACUAUAGAAUGUUCAUAUCGGUAGAUGAUAAUAUUAGUCUGUAUGUUUCCACAGAAUAUCGUCUUGGACAGUAUAUGAUAGGAAUUUUGACAGGAUAUAUUAUCUACGAUCGCAAUGAUCUUAAGUUCAGAGCAUCUAAUGUAAAGAUUGCCAUUGCUUGGAUUUUGACAACUUUUUUCUUCUGUGACACAUUUUUCAAUUUUAAAUUACCCAAUAUUUUGCCACUUGAUCGCAUUUACAAAGUUAUCAAAGACGAUCUGUGGUCUUGUUCAAUUUGUUGGAUUGUUUUUGCUUGUCAUUGUCUUAAAUCUGGUGGAAUUUUUCGUUCAUUUCUCUCACAUUAUUCAUGGCAACCACUAUCUAGAAUGUGUUUGAGUAUUUAUUUGGUUCAUUAUCAAUACGUUUUGUUGACUAAAAUAAAUCAAAAGCAAAACAUUUCUUACGGAAAGUGGUGGAAACUUCAUAUUCAAUUGGGAGAUGUUAUGAUGUGUACAAUAAUAAGCGCUGUUUUCCACCUUUUUGUUGAAGCACCAGGAAUUCAAUUGGUGAGCCUCUUAUGGAGACGCCAGAAAAGAAGCUAUCAAAACAUAAAGAAUUUACCUGAAAGCCAUGAAUAA